AUGAUAACUAAAAAUUAUAAUAUAUCAAAAAAUGUUAUAAGACAGAUAGGAAUAGGAGUGAAUAAAUCUAUUUGUUUUACAUGUAAAAAUAUAAAUAUAUUGGGAAAAUGUCAGAAAAUAUGUAUAAAACAUUUUUUGAUAUUUAAUAAAAUUCUGUUGUUAUUUAUUUUAGUAUGGAUAUUUCAAUAUAGUAAUGAAGAAUUUACCUGUAAAGGUAGUAGAUCAACAAAGCAAGAUGAAGAGAAAGCAUCCUUAAGAUUUUAUAGAUUAUUAGCCCAAAGUUAUGUAUUUAAUUCCCGUUUGGAUGGAUUUCAUAAUUAUUCUAAUGCAGAGAAUGAAAGGAUGUUUAUGCGAAAUUAUAUGAAUGAUGGUUUGUUUAAAUCCCAAGCGUAUAAUGAAUCAGAAAAAAGAGAUAAUUUAAGAAAUAAUAUAUACAAUGAACAAAAUGAUUUUGCUAAAGAAGGAUAUUCGAGAGAAUAUGACAGCAAAUAUAACUCUGCAGAAUUUGGUACAUCUAGAAAGAAAAAUGAUGGAAGAAAUCCAUUUAAUUAUCAAUCGAAUAAUGAAAAUAAUAAACCUGCUUCAUAUAUGAAUGAGGAUAUUUAUAAUAAAAAUUAUUAUAACCAAAGAGAAAAUAUAGAUGAAUUAAAUAAAAAAUUACAUGAUGAUUGGUCGAAUUUUUUAAAUGAAGAUUAUUCUAAUGAAUUUGAAAGUAAUAAUUUUAAUUCACCACAUUAUGAUACAUAUAAAUCAGAAUAUGAUACGUACAAAUCAGAAUAUGAUACAUAUAAAUCACAAUAUGAUACAUAUAAAUCACAAUAUGAUGAUAGAAAUAAAUAUUCCUAUCCAUCAAGAGAAGGGAAUUAUGUACCUCCUUUUAUGGAUGAAAAUGAUAAUAGAUUAAAUAACAAUUAUAGAAGUGGAUUUGAUGACACUAAAAAGAAUAAUAUAAAUGAUGAUAAAGGAAUGAAUUUUGUAAGAGAUGAAUUUUACGAUGAAUAUAAUAAUAAUAAUAUGAAUACAUCACCGGAAUAUAUGUUCUCACAAGAAUGGGAUAAUCAAAAUACACAUGAUGGAUUUCCAUCAGGAUGGAAUAAUUACAAUAGUGAAAAUAGUGAUCAUAAAGAUCAAAUAAAGGUUGAAACGCCAUAUAUUAGGGUAGUUGAAGAAGUAAAUGAUGAAUCAAAUAAUAAAAGAGAUAAUUAUGAUACGUUAAAUAAAGAUUCAUCAUGUAAUAGAAAUGAAAAAAUGGAAUACUAUUUCCAAUCAGAUAAAUUUCCAGUUGAUUGUAAAGGCAUAUAUACGAAUUCUAAUAUAAUAGUAGAAGAAUAUGAUACUCCUGUUGAUUUAAAAGAAACCAAUGAUAAUUUUUAUUCAUUUAAUGAAAAAUUAAAUAAUGAGAGACAAAAAAAAUAUAUGCGAGAAGAUAAAGAAUUUAUAAAUGAAAUGGGACAUAUGUCAUCAACAUCGUCAAAUUCUCCGUCAUCACAUUUUCCGUCACCACACUCACAACCCUCGUUUAUACCAGAAACGUUUCAAGAUUCCAAUAUUGAAUCACCAGAAUUUGAAUUACCGACUUUUGAAUCAGCAACUGUUCAUACAUCAGAAUAUGAACUACCGAAUUUUGAUAUAUUAGAAUAUGAUUUACCACAUUUUGAUCCAUCAGAAUUUAAACCUGAAAUUUUUGAUGAAUCAGAAUUUAAACCUGAAAUUUUUGAUGAAUCAGAAUUUAAACCAUCAGUUUUUGAUCCGUCCGAAUAUAAAAAUUCACCAUUUAAAGAAUCAAAAAUUUCAACAUCAUCACAUUCAACACGAUCUUAUGAAAAUGAAUUUAACUUAAGUACUGAUAGAAGAAAUAGUGAAUCGUCUUCUAGAAUACACGUUGAUGAUGAAAAUUAUAAACGUUUGAAAAAAAUAUUAAGUAACUUAUGUUCAAGUAGGGAAAAAAUAUAUGAUCUUAGUAAAGAAGAGAAAGAAUUCCUCGUAAAAAUGCUACAAUUAGAUUAUGAAGAUUUUAAUUUUAAUUAUAGAGGAAACACACGUAGUUAUAAUGAUUCAUCACCAUUCACAAAUUUUGAAUUAAAACGAAUACAUUUAAAAAUAAAAGCAUUUAUAUACAAAUGUCUUUUACGUUUAUUACAAUCUUAUGAAAAAUCAACUGAAAGUCGUGUAGGCAGUAAUAUAUAUGAUAUAUAUUAG